UAGGACCCCUUCGUCGACGUAGGGUUUGUCGUCGGAAUGAAUGUGGAAGUGUUGUGGUUCUUGAUGUGAAGCUUGAUGUUUAUAUGUUUAUCUUGAUCAUUUCAGCAGUUGUCGUUAGUUAAAUUAUUAAGCCAGCUAUUUGUUGAUUAAUUAAAAUUCUGCAGGCAGCAAUGUUGGAUAUUAAUUGAUGAGAAUCGCUGAAUUGAUCGCGCAGUAAAUUAACGCAUUGUAGCAUAUUUUGUGUCAAUACUAUCCUUUUUUGUAAAUAGUGUCGGGAAAGGUUGCCGGUUUUGAGAAUGGCGGACGAGGCUCUCUUUCAGUUUCUUCACAAUGAGCUUAUACAGUAUGUUUACAAGUCAGCUGAACAGGGAGAAAUGGAAAAUGGUCGAUGCAUCACCAAACUUGAAAACAUGGGAUUCCGCGUGGGUCAGGGAUUAAUCGAACGAUUUACAAAAGAUACUCCACGGUUUAAGGAUGAACUGGAUGUUAUGAAGUUCAUAUGCAAAGACUUUUGGACCAGUGUUUUCAAAAAACAAAUUGACAACUUACGAACAAACCACCAGGGUAUUUACGUACUGCAGGACAACAAAUUCCGGUUGUUAACACAGCUCUCUGCAGGGAAGCAGUACCUAGAGCAUGCUCCAAAGUACCUAGCAUUCACCUGCGGACUGGUCCGAGGCGGGUUGUCCAACCUUGGUGUGAAGAGCAUCGUCACUGCAGAGGUCUCAGUCAUGCCUGCCUGUAAAUUUCAAGUCAUGAUACAGAAGGUCUAGCUCCAGGAAGAUUACCGGAUGUUCUCUGAGUCCUCAAACCCCUACAUGUACUUGAGUCUUAUGUAAUUACCUGUUUUUUGAUUUUUUUAAAUAAAAAGGGCUGGUUGCAGUGUGUAGGAUAAUUUAGUGUAGUUAUCGUCCACUUGCCAUUAGUAGCAUCAGUGAUAUUUAGACCUUUAAUCAAAAAAGCAGACAAGGGAUCUUUGAUUAUCAUCAACCUGUGAUGUUCUUUUAAUUCUCCCUUUUACGUCAUAUAAUAUUGUUAAGAUUACAGAUGUGAAGAUGUGUCAGGCCAUAAAGCAGGGGUGUCUAGCUCUGAUUCUUGGAGCUGGAAUCAUGUGCAUUUUGAAAUGUAUUUUUCUAAGUACCUGACUUAACCACGAUAAACUGGGUAAAGUGACUCAAAAAGUUUCAGUAUAAGAAAAAACAACAGUGCUAUGACAACAAAAAUUUCCUGUAAUAGCUUACGAAAAUCCAUGUUUGUAUAUAUGUCUGGGUUAUUGUUUAUUUCCUUGCAUUGUAAUGUCAAAUUAUAAAAACAGUAAAGAAUUACAUUAUGAGAAAA